UUCCUAAGAUUCGCGUAGCGUUAAGUAUCGUUAUUCGGCUUGAGUAUCAAAACUACAAUAUUAUCCUGGGUGAACAGCGCUGUAUACAAUCGAUUCGACAAGCCGCUUAAAUAUAAAGCAGCAUGCACCUAUUGAAAUCCUAGCUGGAUAGUUUUCAAAUGAAUUCAAACAUGUGAUUAACAAAUUGUCGAAUUCGUUCCAAAUUAACCGGAGUAUUAACUAAGAAAGAGAGGGACGCCGGUGUAAGUGAAAGUGACAGAUGUUGGUCCGGGAGGCGACCGGAACAGGAAGCGUGCUGGGCCAUGGGCAGGGAAAACGGUCUGUGACGCUGCUGACGGAGGGCGGCUGUCACUACCCCGUUAUAUCUCACUACUCGUACUUGGACAGAUGUGACCGUGCACGCUCUGCUCCGCAAAAUGCCGGCCGUAUCCGUGGGAGCCGGCCUAUGCACAGAACCACGCUGCUCAUGGCCAAGGGGCCUUGGACGGCGGGGGAAGGAUUCCUCACCACCAGCAAAAAGAACUUCGGUGGCAGUAAGACAUUGAACCCCGUCCGGCGACCGCCUCUGUGCCCCUCCAUGCAUCGAUCACAGGUACGCCUAGACCACCCCGAAGCUCGGGCGGACCCCCAGCCCGACCCACGUGGACAGAACUGGCACACACACUAUGCAGAAACGUUCAUAGAGAAGCCAGUCAUACCGGCAAACCGUCUUCAUAUGACGUCUCUAGUCAACCGUAUCGACCAGCAAGAGGGCGUGGACAUGAAGGGAAGCAUACGAGUGGAUUCCGGCCCACCCAACUACUUCACCCAGUACAGGCGCACGCACGACAAGCUGGGCACUGUGCUGGGUACAGGUGUACCGAGAGACUUUCCGGUCCGACAAGAGUACAAUGUCAUUACCGGUGAAACAGGCGGACCGGCCUGGAGAGAAAACAACAGGCGGAUAUCCGGUGAUAAGACCAUGCACGUGCUACGUCGACACCACACAUCUCUGCUAGGAUAGAGUGACGUCGUAAUGUGACGUCAUCAACCAUAGGCUAUAAUUUAUUGAUAUGCAAUAUUUGACGUUUUGUGUAGACAAUUCUAAAACAUUCGAACAGUUGUUAAUGUUUGCUAAGAUAUGUUUUCAGCUUUUCGAAAUAAUAUCUACAUUAAAUGCAUUUAAAUAUUACUACAUAUUUAUCACUAUUGACGUUGUUAUGUUUUGUUGUUGAAUGCUGCUAAAAUACUCUAUUUUUCAAAUAGAAUAAUAUUUUUCAUCCCUUGCCAUUUCAAAAGUGAUAUAUUUAAGUGUUUAGUCAUAUUAUUAUUUAUUUAAUUUGAUCGAUAUAUGAACCUGUUUUUAUCAUUAACAAAAAUAAUACUAUACCACAAGUAUAAAUCUUCAAAAACUACAGUAUAGAUUAUCAUAAAUUCUAUAUCUAAUUAUGAUUAAAAAUGGUCAACGAAAGAAUCCCAUACAUUUUGCAUAUUCUGCUUGCUUAAGUAUUCAAAUUUUGUUUUCAUUAUCGUUUUGCUUUUUUGAUGUGAUAGUUUAUUUAUAUAAAUAUAUACUGCCAAAUGUUUGUUUAUUGUUCCUAUUUUAGGUGUUUUUCUGUUAUAAAAUCAAUGAAAAGUUCUGACUGGCAUGUAUGUCCAUGCACUCAACCACUUCAAAUAAAGAUAUGAACUUUAUUAAUCAAACCAAUCUUUUACAAAUACAUGUGCAAAUAUCCAUAUUUUUGCAGUUUUCAAAAGAUUUUCAUGAUCUAAAUCAUAAUACUUAUGAGUAUAAUACGAAAUUCAUAAUAAAUGCUACUAGUUUGUAUGAUUUCCUAUCAAAUAAUUAAAUAUCUCUGUUUGCCCUUUUAUCUGCUGUUUAUGCUCGUUUUCAUAAAAUAUGGCAAUAAAAAACAAAGAAGUGAG